AUGACGGCAGAGAAAGAUCCAUCUCGUGUGGGGAACGUGCUCGUCAACGGGUAUCCCAAGAAGCCAAACCAUGACAGGCCUCUGAACCUGAUCGAACCCAAACAGUAUCCCAAAUUAAAAGGCCCAACGAGUCAGAGCCCGAUUAUAUCCAUACAGUAUGUAGCCGGCCUGCGGGGCGGUCUCCUGUCCAGCGACAUCACGCCUUCCCGCCGGAGCCCGGAGUUCCGGACAAGACAACUCGCCGCCUGGCCUGGAUCGCGUUUUCUCGCGGCGCAACGGCCACCAGCUGUUGGUAGAAACUUUCUGUUCCUCGUCGCGCGGCCGGCAACUACCGGCAUCGAUCCAUCCAUCAAUAUAAUGGGCCGCGCCGUAGCAGGCGGCGCCGCCGACGCCACCAAGGCCGACGACGGCGGCGGCGUCCGGUUGGUAUCGGUGUCCUGGAACCAGGACAGUACCCACUUCGGGGUGGUGACGACCGCCGACUUCCGCGUCUUCGACUGCAGCAGCCCGUUCCACGAGAAGCUACGCCGCGUGCUGCCGCACGGCGCCGGCGACGGGUACGCCAUGGUGGGCGUGGAGAUGGUGUUCCGCAGCGAGAUCUUCGUGCUCGUCGCCGCCACCGCCGCGGGCGAGGGCUGCGGCAGGAGGAGCCGGGUCGUGGUCUGGGACGACCGCGAGAACCGGCGCAUCUCCGACGUGCUCGAGUUCCAGUCCGACGUCGUCCGCGCCGUCCGGGUGUCCAAGGACUACCUCGCCGUCGUCCUCGACCGGGCGGUCAGGGUCUACCCCCUGCUGCGCGCCUCGGCGCGGCCGAUCUGGAGGAUCGCCACGGCGCUCAACCGCCGGGGGCUCUGCUGCCUCUCCUGCCACGCCGGCGUGGACGUGCUGGCCUGCCUCGGGACGACGCGAGGGCAGGUCCGCGUCGACAGGCUCGGGAACAAGCCCGAGGCGAGGUUCAUCGCCGCGCAUAGCUCGCACGUCGCGUGCAUGGCCAUGACCGUCGACGGCGCCGUGCUCGCCACGGCCAGCGUCAAGGGCACCCUCGUCAGGGUGUUCAGCACCAUGGAUGGGACUUGCUUGCAGCAGGUGCGUAGAGGGCUUGACCCAGCUGAGAUACAUAGCAUCGCGCUGUCACGAGACCUGCAGUGGUUGGCGGUGUGCAGCGACAAAGGAACCCUACAUGUUUUCAGCUUGAGAGCUAGAGUUGGGGCGAAAGAUGCCGCUGGUCACAAGCAAUCUGCUGAUCAAGCAGCGCGUUCUGUCGUAAAAACAAACACUGCAUCUGCAUCCAAUGCAAGAUCAUCCUUGUCUUUCAUGAAAGUGAUUCUGCCGGAUUACUUCAGUUCAGAAUGGUCAUUCGCUCAGUUCCGUUUACCAGAGACCACAACCUACGUUACAGCAUUUGGAGAACAACAAAACACCGUGAUGAUUAUCGGGAUGGAUAGCAGUUUCUAUAGAUGCAGAUUUGACCCUGUAAAUGGCAAGGAGAUGGUGCGAAAGGAAUAUUUCCAGUUUCUCAAGGAUAAGGACUCCCCUCCAUUUAGGGCCAGAGUUUAAUUAACAACUUGAGCUUCAUGACGUCUGGGCUUCUUGUGCAAAGAAAGUUUCACUCGGUUCCACAGAUGCAUGUGUAUAUUCUACUCAUCACUGUAUAAUGUAUUUGAGUUUUAUCCCAUGUCACUCUAAGUUUGCCAUGUUUAUAUAGAAGAGAAAAGUAUUAAUAUUUA